AAUGGGGGCAGCGGCGGACACGUUGUGCGCAGCGCUUCUGCUGGCUGUCUGCCUACACGUGCAGGGGUUUCGUCGACCCGAUGUGUACAGCGUACGCGUCUUCGCCGAGGUUCGCAACCGGUACGCCAAGACGCUGAUGACCACCAGAGUGGCCAACCCAGCGCGGCGCGCGCAAGAGAUAACCUUUGACGCCGUUCUGCCAGACAAGGCCUUCAUCUCUGGCUUCGUCAUUGAGAUGGACGGCAAAGCCUACCACGCGUACGUGAAGGGCAAAGAGGAGGCUCGCAGAGAGUACCAUGAGGCGGUGGCGCAGGGUCGCGGAGCAGCACACGUGGCCGUCAGUGCACGAGACUCUAACGUGGUGCAAGUGUCUGUGAAUGUGGAGGCCCAAACAAAGGUGACCUUUAACCUGACGUACGAGCAGCUGUUGGAGCGGGAGGCGGGCGCCUACCACUUGCGCAUCAACCUCAACCCUGGACAGGUGGUGAGGGACCUGUCAGUGGAGGUGCGCGUGGAGGAACAGGCUCCCCUGCGGCUGGUGCAAGUACCCCGCAUGCGGAGUGACAACGAGAUCACGGACGAGCCGGACGAUACCACGGACCCCCUGGCGCGCAUCGAGCGACCCACGCUGUCCAGCGCCAUCGUGCGCUGGUCGUCCACCGAGGAGGAGCAGCGGCAGCGGGGCGAGGAGGGCGUCUCCGGCCAGCUGGUGGUGCGCUACGACGUGGACCGCGAUGCCAGCCCCAGCCAGAUACUCGUGAGCGAGGACGGCUACUUCGUGCACUUUUACGCGCCUCCCGGCCUGCCGCCGCUGCCCAAACACGUCAUCUUCGUGCUCGACGUCAGCGGCUCCAUGCACGGCCGCAAGCUUGAACAGCUCAAGACGGCCAUGCACACCAUCCUGGACGAGCUCAACGAGGGUGACACCUUCUCCUUGAUCCCGUUCGCUUCUGAAGUAAAGGUGUGGCAACCUGACGAACCACUGAUAUUCACCUACUUGCGGGAAGAGCGGCUUAAUCGUGAAUCCAUAAAGAACGGCGUUGUCCCUGCCACUAGAGAGAACAUUGCCAAGGCCAAGAGGAGCGUGGACUCGUUCGAAGCAAUUGGAGUAACGUACAUGUACGAGGCGCUUGAGACGGCGCUGCUCGUGUCGAAGGCGGCGCUGCUGUCGGAGAGGCGCAGCAACGCGCCUAUGGUGGUGUUGCUGACGGACGGAGAGCCCAACGGCGGCAUCAGCAACACCGACGAGAUCGUGCGCCUCGUAACCGAGCGCAACCGCGAGACGGCGGCCGCCCUGUUCACGCUGGCCUUCGGCUCGGGCGCCGACUACGGCUUCCUGCGCCGCCUCGCGUUGCGCAACGGCGGUAUCGGAAAGAAGAUCUACGAGGCGGGGGACGCGCACCUGCAGCUGCGCAACUUCUACCGCCAGAUCGCCUCACCGUUACUUGCCGGAGUUACAUUCAAAUACGACUACGACAAGGUGGACGAGGCGUCGGUGACGACAGCGAGCUUCAAGUCGCUGUACCGCGGGGGCGAGCUGGUGGUGGCGGGGCGGCUGUUCGACGACGGGCGGAGCCCCGGCGCGGUGGGCCCCUGGUACCGGGUGGACAGCAGCUCCGGCAACGCCAGCGUCGCCGAGGCGUCGGUGGCGGCCGCGCCGUCCGCGGAGCGCCUCUGGGCAUACCUCAGGGUGCGCCAGCUGCUGGACCAAAAUGCCGCCAGCCCCGACCAGGCCGUCCGAGAAGAGGCCAAGCGGAUCGCUCUCCAGUACUCUUUCGUGACGGAAGUGACGUCGCUGGUGGUUGUCAAGCCCAAUGAAACGUCCAUAUCCGACCUGGAAUCGCCACCUCUCUCUCCAGGCGUAGCAUAUACGCCGGACGUGUUCCAAGCGGACGACGGUCGGGUGACACUGUGGGCAGGGCCGUUGAACUUUGACCAUUCGUCGGUGCCACUCCACUCGGCGCCGAAGUGGCUGCAAGCAGUUUCCAUGGUUGUUGCAGUCCUAAUUGUGUUCGUGUUUAACUAAGAUGAUGUAGUUUGUAAGCACCCUGGCGAAGGAGGUAACCAUCCACACACCAGCACUGACUGCAAUGGGAAUUUGCAACAAGUAGCUGCAACGUGAAGUAUAGCAAGUGCCUUCCGUGGUACAUCAGCCUGCCUGUGUGUUCGCACUGCUUACUGAUGAAUCAACAAAGUAUCAGCAUUAUAGUUAACGUUACAUACAAUUAGUCAUGCUCAUAAUCAAACAUAUUCUUAUUGUGUAAAGUAAACCCGACUGUCUUUCUUCAUAAACCGCAGAGGAAAGUGUAAGUCUCAGUACAUGUCCUGGAUACUGCUAAUUCUUCAGUUACGGAGUUAUAUGGUAAAUAAAGUUCUGUGUUGAACUCUUU